CGGGGCCGCGGGCGGGGGGCGGCAUGGGGCGCGGCGGGGGCCCGGCGCUGUGGGGCCACCUGCCCUGCCGGCGCUCGGAGCUGCGGCUGGAGCUGGUGCUGCGCUGUGGCCAGGCCUUCCGCUGGAGGGAGAGCAGCGCCGGGCACUGGACCGGGGUCCUGGCGGGCCGCGUGUGGACGCUCAGGCAGACGGAAGAGCGGCUCUGGUACAUGGUUCACCAGGAGGAGGAGGAGGAGGAGGAAGGCAGCCGCGCAGAGGCCACGGGGCAGGAGCUGCAGCCCAGGGGAAGCGACCCGGGGAGCUGGCAGCCUGAGGCCCCUGCCAGGGCGGCUCCGGGCGGCGCGGGCGGCUGUGAUGCCCAGCAGAUCCUCCGUGACUACUUCCAGCUGGACGUAGGCCUGGCCGGGCUGUACGAGGCCUGGGGCGCAAUGGACCCGCACUUCCGGAAAGUGGCUGCCAAUUUCCCAGGCGUCCGCGUGCUGCGCCAGGACCCCGUCGAGUGCCUCUUCUCCUUCCUCUGCACCACCAACAACCACCUGGCGCGCAUCACGGGCAUGAUCGAGCGCCUCUGCCGGGCCUUCGGGCGCCGUCUCUGCCAGCUGGACGCGGAGCCGUACCACGCCUUCCCCUCGCUGCAGGCCCUGGCCGGGGUUGACGCUGAGCGCCGGCUCCGGGCUCUGGGCUUUGGCUACCGGGCAAAGUUUGUGAGCCAGAGCGCCCAGGCUGUGCUGAGGCAGUUUGGGGCCGAGGGGUUGCACCAGCUGCGCAGCACCCCCUACCCGGAAGCCAGGAGGCUGCUCUGCACCCUGCCCGGCGUGGGGGCCAAGGUUGCAGACUGCGUGUGCCUGAUGGCGCUAGACAAGACGGAGGCCGUGCCCGUGGACACCCACGUGUGGCAGAUCGCCCGGCGGGACUACGGCCUGGAGCUGGGCUCAGGCGCCCGGAGUGUGACGAUGCGUGUGCACAGUGAGCUUGGAGACUUUUUCCGGAGGCUCUGGGGAUCCCAUGCAGGCUGGGCGCAGGCGGUUCUCUUCUGUGCCGAUUUAAAGAUGUUCCGGCAGAACCCUGGCACAAGCGUCGGGGCAAGGGGGGGCCCAUCCCCAACAGCGGCUUCUCUGUCCUGUUGCAGACCCACCCCCUGCCCUGGACGCAGGGGGCAGGACUCGACUUCGCCUGCGGCCACAGGGACUCUGUACACAGAAGCAGCUCCAGCCACUUGUGCCCUGAUUGGCAAAUUCCACCGUGGGGCCAGCCAGAAGCGGCCCCGUGGGGAAAAGUGCCGCACCAGCCCCAGCCCCUCCCCACAGGGGGCGCUGUAGGGGGCGCUCCGGCUGCAGCUUUGCUGGGGAGGGCUGCCCCUGCUGCUGGUGCCACCGGCCCUGGGGGGAAGGGGGCGAUGACAAACCCGGGGGGCGGCCUGGCUGUGUGGACAGGGUCUGUAACGCCGAUUAUCAGCAUCCAAAGCGGUUGGAGGGGAAACUGGGGUGGGGGCUCAGUGCGAACUCAGCGCCGUGGGUAUGGCACCCACCAGGGCAAAGGGCCAGUCCUGGCUCAGCCCAGCACCCCAAGGCACAAGCCAGGCGGAGGCUCCUGGAGCGGGGGGAAGAGCCCAUGCGAGCCAGCACAAGCCAAGGCUGGGCCCUAACCCCGGUGCCCAGGCUCUAGACCGGCUGCAGCCGGGGUACCAACGAGAGCUGCAGGGGGGCUGCCCAGAGCUGCCGGGACUGGUACUGGGGCUGCAAUCUGCCGGGCUGCAGCGUGGGACCCGGGUGCUGCGAGCAACCCCUAGCAUGGGGGGAGGGGGCAUUUACCCUGCUGGGUCUGCCAAGCGUUCUCCAGUGCACUCAGCAGGUGACAUGGAUUCACCCUCUCCCCUCGGGUCCCCCCUGACUGGUGACACAGGCUGGGGGGCUUGGGGCAUUGACCCAGCACAGCCUUGCCUUGGCCCAGCCAUGGUGCGAGUGGAUGGAGGGGGACUCUGCCCCCCUCGCGUCUCCCCUCCACGGAGUCAGGGCCCCAGUGAGCAAAGCUGCCGGGCUGCAUUCACUGCUUUCCUUUAAUACAAGCGUCAAUGUAGAAACA